AUGACGUUGUUUAUUAAAUUUCUUGUUGUUGUUUUGACUGGUGGAUAUCAAUGCGACUGCACACAAAUCAACUCCAGCAUUAAAAAUGGAUUUAUUCCUACGAGUUGUUCAAAUUUUCCAAACACAUAUUCGUACUGUUUUAACAAUAAUUUCAAUUUUGAUGAUUACUUAAACACUUUUGAAGAUGUUUACAUUCUUCAAAACAUAGAAUUUACAAACAUUGGCUUUAAAUAUUGGCAAAAUAUUAAUGCAACCACACUCUUUGAAAACGUCAGUUUAAUCAUUUCAAGUCCUUUACACUUCAACAAAACUCUAAAUAUAGAGAAUGGUGCUGUCAUCAAUGUUAUUAACAAUAAACCAUUAUUUGGUGUAUUUUCUGAAGCGGGAUAUCUUAAUCUUACAAAUCCGGAACUGAACAAGCCAAGAAUUAUAUCGUGGAACUCGACCUAUAUUCACCUCAACAGAAACUAUAGAGAAAGACUUGAUUUCCAAAUAUUAAAUCCAAUAAGUAAUACAAAGUGUUUUGAUGUGUUUUCCCUCAACAAUCAAAGCAAUUUGGAUGUUGGUACGACAGAGAAUCAUAUUUCUUCUGCUAUGUUUGAAUAUUCAUACAAUUUUACAGAUGGGAAGGGGUAUUUGAUAUCAAAUAAAAAGUUGAUUCGAUUCUGUCCAAAUGGUAUACAACUUGACACAAAUGUCAUCUGCACAUUGAAGAAAGAAAUGUACACCAACGACAGCCCAACAACAAUGGAAAGUUAUUUCGACUAUCCACAUUGUCCCUGUAAUUCAGACACCACUGUUAACUGCAAGUUAAAGUUUUCAAAAACGUAUAACACGUAUAAUAUGUCCGAUUUUGAUAUUUCAAAUUCGGAAUUGCUUGUUGACAGAGAUAUUAAAGUAACAAAUCUUAAAAGAGUGAAACAACUGACAAUAAAUAAUGACACCAAACUCAAUAUUUCUGCGCACUUUGACAAUACAAUAUUUUCAUUUUCAUUUGGAGUGUUGACAAAUGGGGUGUAUGGAGAUAAAUAUAUUACUGAUGCAUCAUUACAAUAUCACACGUCUUCCAAUACAUUGGAGUGCAUGGGAAACUUCAACUACAGCAUUUCUCUCAUUAAAGAAAUUCAAUUUUUCCAAAUAGAAUGUCCAAGUACUAUUGAAGUUCUGAAUUUGUAUGAAAAUACGAGUGUGGUGAUUGUAAAAAGCACAUCUUUGUAUCAAAUAAACAAAAUACAAUUUAGUCAGUAUGGCACAAGUUACACAGUGAUGGAUAAUCCAUCAAACAAUAAAAUACUUGAGGGAUGUAUUCUCAUUGAAUUAACAAAAGAUAAAACAAUUUGUUUGUUGUGUGGUGAAAGUUAUCAACUUAUUGAUGGAAAAUGUCUUCCUGUUGAUGAGAAAUGUCAAAUUUGGAAUUUGAAUGGCAUUUGUACGUUGUGUGUUUGCGGUUUUGUUUUGAAUGAAAAUCACAUAUGUAUAUCUUCGGAUAACUGUUCAAUUGGAACUACCACAGAGUGUUACAAAUGCCAAAACGGUUAUAUUCGGAACAACAACAAUUGUUAUAAAGAAGAUAGGUGUGUUUUAUCAAACGAAUAUUUGUGUUUACAUUGUAGUGAAGGAAACACAGAAGCAAAUUGUGAGGCGUGUGUUGACACAAAUUGUCAGCUCUGUGAAUCAGAGAAAUGUAUUUUUUGUGACAUGGGAUUUGUAAUCAACUCUGUUGGAAUAUGUGAAAGCCAAAACAACGGGUUGACUGUUGGCGUUUCGACUAUUUGGUGUAAGAACACUUUUUACAUUGAAAAUGAAAGUUGUACCAGUUGUUCAAAUAAAUACGAACACUCUCAAUUGUGUGAUAAAACACGUGUUGUUUCGUGUCAACCAAAUUACAGACAAGACGAAGAUGGACUUUGCAUAGCAACGAUGUGUACAAAUAAAACAACGAUAGACCAAAACGGACUCUGCCAAACAGAUAUAAAAAGUUGUGUGUUCAUUGUAAACAACAAAUGUGUUGAAUGCGAAAAUACCUUUAUUCUUAAUGACAACAAAAGUUGUAUUAAAACAUCACAUAAUAAUAAUUCAACAAAUUGUAUCUCAUUUAACAAAUAUGGGUGCGUUUCUUGUGCAGUCGGGUAUUACCUAUUAAAUGCUGAAUGUAAUUUAUGUUCCGAGAAUUGCACCAGUUGUGUAGAGAGUGACACAAUGUGUCUUUCAUGCAAGUCUGGAUUUUAUCAAGGUGAGAAUUACACGUGUUUGCCAAGCACGGACUUGUUGAGUAAAUGCAACAAAAUAUCUACAAUAACAAAUGGGUGUUAUCAAUGCAAAGAUGGGUAUUACAGAGUUGGUAUGAAUUGUUAUGAGUGUCUUUUGAAUUGUUCAGCAUGCAACACAAAAGAUAAAUGUUUGACUUGCAAUUUGACAAAUUACAAGACACAAAGUGGUAAGUGUUUACCACAGAACAAUAUUGUUGGGUGUGCUGUCGAAGUCACACAAAAUGGGUGUAAAAAGUGUCUAGAUGGGUAUUACAAUGUUAAUUACAAUGAAUGUGAAAAAUGUAAUGACAACUGCACAACAUGCACAAAACACGAUAAAUGCACAUCAUGUUUUGAAAAUAUGGUAUUAUAUGAAAAUGGACUCUGCUAUGACAUUUCAUUUGUAUCAAAUUGUGUUGCUGUCUCAAAUUCAAAAUGCUCCAGAUGCACAUUCUGGCACUCGACAAAUGAUAAUGGUACACUUUGUAACAAGAAGGCGGUCUGGUGGGUACUUUUUAUUGUAGUGUUGUUUGUAAUUAUUGUGAUGGCAGCUGUGAUAACAUCAAUUGUAUUUGUUGUGUAUUUUAUUGAGAAGAAAAUGCGACAAAAGAAGAUUAAAAAGACAGCAACACUCUUCAAAAUGAGUCGGUCCAACAUCACAUUUGUAUCGCUUGAUGAUGAUGUUGUAGUCAAUAAAACAGAAAUUUCGUUUGGUGAGGACGUCGAUGUUAACGUACAACAACGAGAACUUUUAUGUGUUGGCAACACAUCAAAGCACAAUAUGAAAAUCCAAAUCACAACUAAAAGUGCAACAGUUGAGAAAUACAUAUUUGAGUCAAAUCCAAAGAUAGUAAUGUUGCCAAGUGGCGAGGCGUGUGAGUUUGAGAUAUUACUGACUUUGAAAUGCACAACUAAAAUGGAUGAGAGUGUUGUGUUGGUUACAAACUCAUUCACAAAAAGAAACCCCAAUUUAAAAGAAAUGAAAAUUACAGCAACUUCAAAAUUGACAACACGACUCGAUCCAGACGAGUUGGUAGAAGACAAGAAACUUGGCGAAGGUUCGUUUGGAAUUGUUUUUAAAGGAAUGUUCAGAAACAAUGUUGUUGCAAUUAAAAAGAUGAAAAUCAACACUGAAGAUGAUUCUCAAAAAAUUGAGUUUGAUAAGGAAGUAGAGAUGUUGGACAAAUUUAGAAGUGAGUAUAUUGUCCACUUUUAUGGCGCAGUCUUUAUACCAAACAAGAUAUGUAUGGUCACCGAAUUUGCACAAUUUGGGAGUUUACAAGACUUGAUGAAACACAAAAGAAGUGAUGAAGUCAACAUGGAGUUACGAGUGAAAUAUAUAAGAGAUGCUGCUAAAGGUAUUUCAUAUUUACACACAAAUGGGAUAUUACACAGAGACAUCAAACCAGACAACAUUUUGAUAUUUUCACUUGAUAUAAACGAAAAAGUGAACGCCAAAUUGACUGAUUUUGGAAGCGCUAGAAAUGUCAAUAUGAUGAUGACUAACAUGACAUUCACAAAUGGAAUUGGUACACCAAUUUAUAUGGCACCUGAAGUGCUUAACAAAGAACACUACAAGAAACCUGCUGAUGUUUUUUCAUUUGCAAUAACUAUGUAUGAAGUCUUUGGGUGGAAUUAUGCAUAUCCAAAAGAAACAUUCAAAUUUCCAUGGAAAAUUGCUGAGUUUGUGACAUUAGGAAAACGACUUCAAAAAAAAGAUAAUAUACCAGAGAAGUUGUACCAAAUAAUAGAAAAGUGUUGGAAACAAAAUCCGAAUGAGAGAAUGACUAUCAUAGAUUUGAUUGACUUAAUUCAAAAAGAAUAUAAUAUUUUAUAA